AUGCAGCUUGGCUUUCGAGCACUGAUGGACCCGCUACGACCCGCUCGUGCUGCCUCGCUGGAAUCAUUGCUUGAUGCGCCGGCUGGGGUGGAGCUGCCACGUGUAGUGCCACUAGCGCAGCAGUGCCGGGAGCUCCGUGGGAAGCUGCGUGGAGAGCUGCUGGCUGGCGGCUUUGUGUGGCUGGCAUCGGGCGACCUCGUGACCCGCAACGCUGAUGUGCACCACCCCUACCGCCCCGCCAGCGACUUUUUCUACCUGGCUGGGGUCGCGGAGCCGGGCUGGGGGUGCCUCUUAGACCUGGAGACAGGCGCCUUCACCCUGGUGGCCCCCAGGGUGCCGGAGGAUCUCGCGAUCUGGUCCGGCCCGCGGCCAUCCUUGGACGACGUCGCGUCCCAGGUUGGCGCCGACGCCGCGAUCUACUCCGAGGACGUGAAAGGCCUCUUGGAGGCCAAAGCGAGCGCAUCCAACGGCGGCGGCGGCAGCAGCAGCAGCGGAUUGAUGGUUCACACGCUGGAGGAGAUGGCGCCGGCGCUGGCGGCUGCUGGCGUGGAUGGGGAGGGGAGCGUGCGGUUGACCACGGACUUUUUGCCUGCGGCGCUGGCGCGCAGCAGGGGCAGGAAGACGGUCGCUGAGAUCGCGUGCCUCCUGGAGGCCAACCGUGUGUCAGCUGCCGCCCACGAGGCCAUCUGGCGGUCAUGCAGGCCGGGCUGCUAUGAGUACCAGCUGGAGGCCGCGUUCGUGUCCUCCUGCAUGGGCGCGGGUCUGAGGCAGCUGGGGUACCCCGCCAUCGUGGGAUCGGGUCGGAAUGCGGGCGUGCUGCAUUACGACCGCAAUUCCUCGGUGGUGGGGCGCGACGACCUGGUGCUGGUGGAUGCAGGCGCAGAGUUCCGCUGCUACACGGCGGACAUCACCCGCACCUUCCCCGCCGCCGGCGCCUUCACCGCGCAGUCCAGGGCGGUCUACGACCUGACCCUGGCGAUGCAGACCGCCGCCCUGGCGCGCGUGCAGGCCGGCGCGGACUGGAAGGCCGACGUCGAUGCGCCGGCGCGGCGGCUGAUGCUGGAGGGUCUGAGCGGCAUGGGGCUGGUGCGGGGCGACAUCGAGGCCAUGCUUACCGCGCGCGUGGACCGCAUCUUCUGCCCCCACGGCCUGGGCCACCACCUCGGCCUCGACGUGCACGACACCUCGGACACCGGCGCGGUGCCCGCAACCUUGGAGGCGGGCCACGUGGUGACCGUGGAGCCGGGGGUGUAUUUUAUGCCGCUGCUGGUGCAGCGCGCGCUGGCAAACCCCGAGCAGCGCGACUUUCUGAAUGCCAAGGAGCUGGAGGGGUGGAUGGGCCUGGGGGGCGUGCGUAUAGAGGACAAUGUGGCGCUCAUGCCGGCAGGGGUCAAGGGCGGCGGCGAGGGGGCUGGAGGCGUGCUCAACCUGACGGCGGCGGCGGGUGCAGCGCCGAAAGCGGCGGAUGCCAUUGAGGCAGUGAUGGCAGCUGGGGCGGCGGCAGGGGCUGCGAGGCAGCGGUGA